AAGGAGCGAGUAUCACAUUGCGUCCAAGGCACUCGGUGCUGCGUGACGUGAAUUUCUCUGGUGGUCCGAGUGCUGGAGCGGCGAGCACGGAAGAUUUUUCAGCCUUGUCCUCAGCUGUCUUUUCGUUGGCUAAUAUUACACGGCUACAUCCGCAACCGGCAUUUUUAGCUCCAAAAAGAAAAAAAAGUUCAGCCGAUGACAUUCAACUGAUAAACUCAAGGUUCCGCCUCGUGAUCAUCAUCACGAGCAGGUAAAUAAUAAAACCUUUCAACAAUGACAUCUACAGCUCAACCCACGCUCUCUUUUCCUCGGGAAACUUUUGCGAAGCUCUCUCCUCAUCCAUAUCUCCUGGCACAUCUCCAACCAAGCUCUCCAACUAAUUCAUCUAAACGCGCAAAUGGCCGAUCACCAACUCAAUUUCGCGGCCCACACAUCAAUACCGGCUCACUCACUCAUGCUGAGGGUAGCGCAGUCGUACGUAUAGGAGAUACCGCAGUCGUCUGCGGAGUCCGAGGUGAAAUUCUUCUUGCCAGCAAUGUUGGAACCUACCGAGUCGACAAAUCUACGACCGCUCCCUCGUCGCGACCGGGGUACAAUGAAGCAAAAGAAUUGGAUUUACUAGUUCCAAACAUUGAGCUAGCUACAGGAUGUUCGCCUGCAUUUUUGCCGGGUCAGCCACCGACUACAUUGGCGCAAAGUUUAAGCACGAGGAUAUAUUCAUUAUUACACAGUUCGCAGAUGGUAGAUGAUGAGGAUUUGAGAAUUUGGUAUCAGCCACCAGAUCUGAACGAACAGGAUAGAAUGGAGGAUGAGGAAGAACCAGAGAGCGUUGAGCCCGAAGUUAAGGCAUUUUGGACUUUAUACAUCGACAUUUUGUUCAUUUCGCUUGAUGGAAACCCAUUUGAUGCUGCGUGGGCCGCUGUUGUAUCCGCUUUGAGGAAUGUGAGAUUACCAAAGGCACACUGGGACGCAGAUCGAGAGAUGAUACUUUGUGAUGAUGAGAUAUCUUUAUCCAAGAGACUUAAUUUGAGAGGACUGCCAGUUGCUGUCACAUGCUUGGUAUUCAAGGCAAAAGAGCAAAAGCACGGAAAGGAUAAGAGAUAUUGGGUCUUGGUGGAUCCAGACACAUUUGAAGAAGGAUUAUGUGAUGAGUCUAUCACCAUGGUCGUUGACUGUGAAGCAGGCAAGCCAAAAAUAAUGGGGUUGUCAAAAGUUGGCGGAACAACAGUUGGAAGGGACGAGAUGAAGCACAUCCUGGAGUUAGCCGAGACAAGAUGGCAUGAAUUAAGUCCAUUGCUAAGUGGAUAAUUGUACAAACAUUAAUUAAGACGAGAUUAUAUGUAUUCGCCAUUCUCUUAGUGAAGAAUGAGCACAAAUUGACCCUAGUUUAGGACACUGAGAUUGUAACGAAUUCGAUCUUUGCAGUAAAGACCGCUUUCUUCUCCUGUCCCUUAGUAAAAGAUACUGACCACCACCCUAUUUUGACUCCUUUCAUAUCAACAUGGACUAGGGAGAUUGGUAGAAAGCUUGCAUAUAAUGCACUUUCGACCCGUGGGAACUCGGUCACAUCAGAUACUUUUGGUCAUAACCCAAAUUUACAUUUGUGUUAGACUCUAACUUGUUGAGUAAAUGCGUGAAGCGAUCAAUUUAUACUUCUGAAUCCCUUAGACCACUGCUUUUUCAGGUCUUUAAGAUGGCAUCAUUAACUCGCGCUUGGCCAAGAUAUUGUUAGAAUUUUCCUUUGUCACAUUUUCGAGACUGCUUGAAAACUUUGGAGUUAUUCCGAUAGGCGAAUAUUU